AUGGACAUCAAGUUCGUCCUCGUCACAGGCGCAACUGGCUUUAUUGGCGCGCACAUCGUUGACGCCCUCCUAGGUCACGGCCUACGGGUGCGCGGCGCAACGCGCUCCCUGGCCAAAGGCGAAGAAAUGUUGAAAGCACGCCUGCACUACAAAGAACAGCUCGAGUUCGUCAAGAUCAACGAUUUUGAGAAUCCCGGUGGACUAGCUGAAGCUGUCAAGGGCGUUGAUGGUAUCAUUCAUACGGCGAGUCCCUUCACAUACGAUACAAAAGACAACGAAAAGGAACUCGUCAUCCCCGCCAUAAACGGCGUGAAAGCUGUCUUUGAAGCGGCGGCCGCUGCCGACGCAUCUACAACUAAAAUCAAGCGCAUAGUCCUAACAUCCUCCUUUGCGUCGGUCAUAGACGUAAACCGCAGAGCAGGACCAGGAUCAGGGCCAGAUGGAUACUUCACCUACACAGCUGCCGAUUGGAACCCACUAAGCUACGCCGAGGCAAUUGAUACAUCCACCAAUGCGGUAGUGGCAUACCGCGGAUCCAAGAAAUUCGCCGAGCUCGCGGCGUGGGAGUUUAUCCGCGACAGAAAGCCGUCGUUUGAUCUCGUUACUCUCUGUCCGCCCAUGACCUUUGGCCCGGUUGUGCAUCCUGUUCCAUCAGUGGAGAGUCUCAAUGAGUCGAAUGCAAUGCUGUGGAAAGUCGCUGUCGGCGAACCGCUUCCUGUCGCGCGUGUGCCUUUCUGGAUUGAUGUGCGUGAUCUAGCGGAUGCACAUAUAGGCGCAUUGUUGAAGCCUGGAGUUGGAGGGAGGAGAUAUACGGUUGCGGCGCCAGAGAGAUUCUCGUAUGGGCUUGCGGCGGGGAUUAUCAAGGAGGAGUUUGCAGACUUGAGAGAGCGGGUUACGGGGACAAGGCAGGACGUGGAUGAGAGUCAUGGGUUGGAUGGGGAGACGGCCGGAAGGGAAUUGGGUAUCAGCUAUAGGCGGUUCAGAGAGACGGUGCGGGAUUUGGUGAGGCAGGGGGUGGAGAGGGGUUGGUGA